AUGCCUCAACUCCUGGGUAAUAGCAGUUCAUAUGAAGAGGCUGCUUUAUAUUACACAUCAGGAUCCAUUGUCUCCAUUGCUAUCUUCAUCAUAGCUUUCAUCAUAGGUAUCCCAGGCAAUGGGUUGGUGAUCUGGGUAGCUGGUCUGAAAAUGAAAAGGUCUGUGAACAUUGUCUGGUUCCUAAACCUUGCUGUGGCUGACUUCACGUGCUGCUUGUCCUUGCCGUUCUCCAUUGUUCACCUGGCCCUCCAUGAACACUGGCCAUAUGGUUGGUUCCUCUGCAAAGUCAUUCCAUCAGUCAUAAUCUUCACCAUGUUUGCUAGCAUCUUCCUACUCGUGGCCAUCAGCAUUGACCGGUGCCUCCUUGUGAUGAAACCUGUCUGGUGUCAAAAUCACCGAACAGUGAAGUUUGUAGCACUAAUAUGCGGCGGCAUUUGGAUCCUGGCCUUGAUUUUCUGCUGUCCUGUCCUUUACUACCGUGAGAUUAGCACUCAUGACGGCAAAACUGAGUGUGGGUACAAUUUUGGAGAUGACGAAGUGCUAGAUUACAUGGAUGAUUCUGUAUUUGAGUUAUUGGAAAAAUACUCACCUUUAGCCUACAAUGGUAAUGACUCAUGGGAAAUUUUCUAUGAAAGUGAUUAUUCUGUACCCCUUCCCUUAGUGGUAAUAAACAUCACUAGGGCUGUCUUUGGCUUUGUACUCCCCUUUAGCAUAAUGGCAUUUUGCUAUGCCCUUAUUGCUUUCAGAACACGUGCGAAUCGGUUUCACAAGCCACGCAACAGGAUGCUGAGAACAAUUGUACUCGUGGUAGCUGCAUUCUUCAUCUGCUGGGCUCCAUACCAUGUGGUUGGGAUUCUGUCCCUUGUACCUACUCUUGGAACAGGACUGAGGGAGUCAUUGAUCCUUUGGGAUCAUCUCACUAUAGCACUUGCAUAUGCCAACAGCUGCAUCAACCCCCUGCUCUAUGUUUUUGUGGGACGGGACUUCAGGGCAAAGGCACGGCAAUCAGUGCAAGGAAUCUUGGAGGGUGCCUUCACUGAGGAACCAACACGUUCGAUCCCUUACUCCCUUGACAGAAGCAAGACUUCAACAGAGAAGGACAUUAGCAGCACGGUGUAA